AUGGGCAGCGGUCUAGGGAUUUAUCGUAAUGAUCUGCUAUUUAUUCACUUCGAAUCAGUCAUCAUAUGUAUGGCUGUCGUCUGUGUGACUCUUUGGCUUAUCAUGUUAAUCAAUUAUCGAUUUGGAGAUUACUAUAAUGUCACUACCAUAAACGAAUUCUGCUUCGGUGUGGAACUGCAUCCGACAGUUCUUGACAUCGAUCUCAAGCAUUUUGUACGAUCACGUAUCACUCUGGUCCUGUUGGCCAUUAUUCAUCAUUUCCGCUAUAUUUUACCAAAGAAAUAUCUAUGGAAAAAAAGCCUCAUCGCGAGUAGUCUAGUCCAAAUGGCCUACAUCAUGAGGAAUCAAUGGACGGAACAUCUGGCGCUGAACACGUUGGACUAUAAACGUGCCAAUUGUGGAUUUUAUAAGCUUUGGAGUGAUAUGGUA